AUGGCGCAAUCAACAUCUCAUUCCUCGAGCUUGAACCGGGCUGAAGAGACAUGGCUCCUCCCUUCGAAUCGCCAGCUCCGCAACCUGGUGUCCAUAUCACUAAGGAACAUAUCUCUGGCCCAUGCAUCACCCUCGCGCAACAGAAACAAGGCUAUCGAUGACGAUGCACUGCCGCAGGCCCUCAAGUCGCCCGCCAAACUUGUUGCCUUGCGAGAGCAGAAGGCAUUGGGACAUUCGCGAAGUUCGACCGAUCUGCGUGCCGUGCUAGAAGAUGAUGUGGCGGACUCUCCUCCAGCGGAAGCCGUGACAAAUGGAAGCCCUGUACCAAGCAAGCAGAAAGAGAGGCCGCAGCGUGCAGCUUCGGGCACUCCGAGACGCCCGGACUUCAAAAGGUUGCGAAGACGAAGCACGAUCGAGUGGGCAAAUGCUACACCGCAGAAGAGGCAGGAGAGGCUGGAAAAUGUGACGAAGGAGAGAAUGGUAGACGUGUUCUUUAGUAUACACAUCAAGGGCGUUGAAGAGCCUGUAUACGCUUCGGAAACCAUCGAAAAGACCAUGAAUCCUUCUUUUCGCCAUAUUGAUUGGCUUACUUGUGGGCCUGGCGUCACUCGACAGCAAGUGCUUGCGCUUCGUGUCUGGGUCAAAGGAGCAAAGACAGGGUUGUGGCUGCAGCUUCUGCAGCUGAAUAUUGAGCUCAGCAGCCUGCGGUAUCUGGGUAAAAGUCUUGAUGAUCUUGAUCGGGCAUUACCACAGAAUGCCGUCUUGUUCCACAUGAUCGAUGGCGUAUACACAUCCUUCACCGACUCGCUGUCUGAAUAUGUCCCUGCUGGCCAUGGCUCACUGCGACACAAUAAAACGGCUGGGACCCAACGGACAUCACCCAGUUCGUCCUUCGAUGCUCUGCUCCGGCUGUCGAAGCUAGAUGAUAGCAUACAGGAUGCUUUGGCCACCCGCGAUCAGCUGGCGAAUGACCUGGAACUUUUGCUACAGGAAAACAAACAGGCCCUCUGCGAGCGCGACGAAGUCGCCGAAGCCGAGGAUCGGCUGAAGACCAUCGAAUUUGCGAAGAAGACGGUCGAGAAACAGCUUGAGAAGGCACAAAAGCAGCAAGAAGAGAAGCGGCAGUCCCUGUCUUCACGACGCAAGCUCAUGGACACAGAUUCGGCGUCCCGCGGGGCAGUCUUGACGAGGAUGCAGCAAGAAAGAAGUGACCUGCCGAUCUCGCGAGAAGAGCACAAUGUGAAGCGCAGAGCUGUUCAAAACCAGCGUCGCCGAAUAUGCGAGGACAUCCAAGGUUGCUAUCCCAUUGAGCCUGUGUCUGGCAAACCACUGGCUUUCAGCAUUCGGGAGCUACACCUUCCUAAUGCCGAAGACUUGGACUCCGAGCCACCCGAAGUGAUUUCUGCAGCGCUCGGUCAUGUGGCUCAUGUGCUCCAGCUGCUUGCUUUUUACCUGAAGCAAGCACUACCAUAUCCGGUCACGCCACGUGGGAGUAGCAGUACAGUCUACGAUCCUAUCAGUCUCCUGCAGCACAAUAGCCGCUCUACAUCCGCAAAUGCUGAGCAGACCUUGCGCACAUACCCCCUCUUCAGCAAAAGCGUACCACGAUUCCGCUUUGAGUAUGCAGUCUUUCUGCUGAACCAAGACAUUCGAGUUCUGCUUGAAAGUGCUUACAAUCUCAGAGUGCUGGACAUUCGACAGACACUACCAAAUCUCAAGUAUCUGCUCUUCGUGGCCACAGCAGGCGAAGGGGAGCUACCCGCUCGGAAAGCUGGCGGGGUUCGAGGCCUUAUGCGAGUUCCUGCUAUGGAGCGAACUGGCAGCCAGGACUCGACUGCUAGUGGUAUGUCGGGUUUGACUCUCAUUGGCAACGGUAAGCCAAGAGGAGCUGCCGACAGACUGCGAGAAAUCAGCGGGAGAGGGAAGAACGCUGUCACGGCGUGA